AUGAAUAAACCAAGCAAUACAGUGGUAUCAACCACAACACAACCACCAUUGAAUGCCAUUAUUAAUUAUAAUUUCAAUAAUCAUCACACCUCCAUGAACAAUAAUAACAACGGCGUGUUUGAUAGCAAUGUCGACCAAUUGUUUUCAAAAGUGGAUCAUUACUUUCAAAAUAGAGCGAUCCAUCAACAUCCAAAUGUUUUGAACAGUGUUCAGCAACAAGACGUUACAUCUCCAUUGAACAGUUUCGUUGUACAACCUCAUGUCAUUCCACCAUCACAAAACUCACCACUUCCUCCUCUUCCUAUUCGUACUUCCUCUCUCUACACAUUUCCUUCUUCCUCGGUUCAUCAUCAACAAGGCUCAUCAUCAACUCACGAUUCCGUAAUCGGGCAACAACAUCCUCUUGUACCGUAUGAAAGACAUGUGAUUCAUGAACAACCACACGAGUUACAUCGUCAUUCCGUGACAGGAAUUUAUGAUCCUCAUGCUCAACCACCACAAAAAAGUCAUGCAGAAUUGUCUCCAACAUUACAUUCGAACAACAAGAGAAAUAGCUUGUCGCCGCAAACUCCACCGUCGAAUAACAUCUCUCAGCAGCACAACCCUCAAGUUGAGCAAAAGAGACGAUCUAAGAGCGUGAGUUUUAAUGUAGAAGAAGAAGAGAAAAAACUCAAACCUCUUCCGAGACCACCUUCAAUCAACAUGAGCAACAACACCAACACUACAGCAGCAAUACACAUGCCCAAUAAUGUACCCUUCAACAAUACUACUAGCUCUGUAUAUUCUAAAAGUGAAGAAGCAUUCGAUCACAGAGCUACAAUUUCUUUUGAUAUUUAUGUAAGGCCGGAGGAAGAUGAAAUAGAUUAUCCAACUCCCUCCUUGACGACUCCUCUUACUGUAAGAGAGGAUUCCUUUGACAAGACUAGUUGGAAACAUGACGGUCAUAAUUUAGAAGCCAUUAUGUGUAGACAAUCGUUUAUUGCACCAUCAUUUUCUUCAAAAUUUGAAACCGAUUUUGGAGAUAAUCAUGCCAUUGAGUAUCCUCAUGUUCCUCCGUCACAUUUUGACAAUGACAAUAGAUCUGACAUUUUCAGUAUAGGCUCUUCAUACAAUCCCAAUGCUAUUCCAAAUACCUCAAAUGCAAUGCCAAAUGGAUUUUCUAGUAUUCAAGACGAUGACGAUGAUUUGGACGAUAAUCAAAAUUAUUUUGAUUUUAUCCAACUUGGAUUGUUAGAUCCCAAAGAUUUUGAUACUCUUACACAAACAUUGUACAAAAUCUUUGAGAUACUCUAUAUCAAGUUUGGAAUGCUUCCAAAUGAUUGUAGCUUGAAUUUACUUGAGAAACAAUGUUCAUCUCAACUCUCAUCUUUGGUUUCAAUAGCAAGUAAGAGCGUAAUUAGAGAAAUAGUAUUAGCAAUUAUUGAAAGAACAAACUCAGAUAAGAAAAAAGAUUUGAAAAUAUUCGAUGGAAAUAACACUUCGCAAGGUGUUCAAUUUAUUGAAAAGAGUAUUAGAGACAUUGCUAGAGAAAGUUUAAUCAAUUUAAGGCAAGAGUUUGAAACGAGUUCUCAAUUUACUGUUUCCAAAACUGAAGCUGAUAAUAAUGAACAAAUUGACGAGUUAGAAAUGAUACCUAAAGCCAUGGUCAAAGAAAAGAAAGCGGUCGAUCGAUAUUUACAACAAGUUAAUAAUGUGAAUACAAAGCUCAACGAGAAGGGAGAUACGUUAGUACAUGCAGUCUGCUGGUACGGCUAUAGAGAUGUUUUAGAAUAUCUUCACAAAGAGAAAGGAGCUAACUUGGCGUUGAAAAACAACGAUGGAAAAUAUCCGUUGGACUAUUGUAUCACUCAACACAAUUUAUCAUGCUCUCUUUAUAUUAUUGGAUCUUGUCAUUCGUUGCAACUGUUAUCCAACGAUAAGUUAAGAGAAAUUUUGAAGAGAGAUGUUUUGAGUGCUAAAAAGAAGCACGUCACUAAAUCCUUGUAUCAAUGUUUAAAGAAAUCCAAGAUUAGACCGAACGUAAAGGAUGACUUUGGAAUGACUCCGUUACAUUAUGCUUGUAUAUUUCGCCUUGAGGGAACUGCAAAGAUUCUGUUAGAUCAUCCUAAUUUGAGAAUUAAUGAGGCAGACAAAAUGAAACGGACAGCACUACACCUAUGUGCCAUCACCAACAAUUUAGAAAUGAUUGAAAAGCUCUGUAAAAGAGCCGAUAUUUCUCGAAAUGCACAAGAUGAACAUGGAGAGACAUUUUUACAUUGCUACAUUCGAUACGUUUACUCUGAAGACAAUGGUCCAAAAUAUGAGAAUCCAAUUUUGCUUCUUCAUAAGAUACAAACAGAGAACAAAUGGUUCAGAAGCCCAAUUGUAGAUUGUGGACUAUUGCUAGCUCAUGCUGGCUCAUUGGAGAGAAUGAACCAAUAUAAUGAUUUUGUGAUUUCUUGCUGGAAUCAAAUUGUCAAGUUUGGUUUGAAUGAAAGUUUUAUCAUUGUAGAUCAUGGAUUGCUAGAAGGGAUUGUUGAUGCAGAGGUUGUGAAAUUUUGUAUCAUUUCAACGUUCAAACAGUUCAUUACUCCACCAAAAAGAAAUCACAAGAGACCUUAUAGAAUGUAUAUGGGUAUAGGCAUGGACACGGGCCUUAGAAAGAAGUCCGUCAAUUUUAUUCCUGGUUCAACGAGCAAGGAUGCGAACUAUUAUCUGAAAAUUAGAAGCUAUGGAUCUCCUAAUUUAAAUGAAGCCCAAUUUAAAGAUAUAACAGAAUCAGGUGGAAGAAUUUUCUAUAUUAAUGGAGUUUCUGUAAGAGAAUGUGUACAAAAGAUGAAUGCUUAUCUGAUUGAAGCGGUUUACAAAGGUGACAUUACUAGAGCUAAAAAGGAUGGAAGAUACGAUUGUGGAGCGCAGUUGGAGUUGAAACGCAAACCUGUCGUACAAGUCAAGUAUGGAAAAUCUAUCAAACAAUUGAAGACAGCAACUAUUUAUCAUCAAGUCAUUGAUGUUACCAGCUUAAAAACGUAUACAUUCUCUGCCAUCGACUUGGCUGGAGACUUGCAAUUUCUGUUUACUGAUUUGCAGAACUUCCCAGAAGACUCUCGAUCCACAUGGAUUCAAAAUUCACACAAACAAACUCCACUAGCUCUGGCCAUCUCUCUCAUCAGACAAUUAGUGAAGAAUAAUAAGGUAGAACAAAAUUCCAUUCUCACCUUGCCAAUCAGUGCUUUCAAAAUGUAA